AUGUUGGAAACCAAUACUGAGAGGGCUAACGCCCACCACGUUGAAACAUUUAACCGGCAAAGUGGUUUAUUCUCCGUAAAGACGCGUAGGUACAGGUUCAAAGGUGUGGAAAAGGGCGGAAACACACAAGUCGUGGACAUCAGAAGGGGUACUUGCACGUGCGGGAAAUGGGCCUGUCAUCGCCUUCCAUGUUCUCAUCUGAUUGCUGGGUGUAAUCGUAAUUCCAUAAACUGGAAACAGUGGAUCGGCCCUUACCACUACACUCCCGUUUUGCAAAAUAUGUGGGAGCCUAUGAUAUAUCCGUUACCAGCAACCGGCUAUUGGGAUGUGCAACUCCCAUUAGCAUGGCAAAGGUAUGGAACCGUGGUGCCGAACGAGGCCAUGCGAAAGAGAAGAGCAAAGCGAGGCCAAAGGGGGCAGUCGGUGAGAAUACGGACCGAGAUGGACGGUUCCCGAACGGGACACAAAUGUAGUCGGUGCAAGCAAGAAGGUCAUACAAAGCGGAACAAGAAGUGCCCCAUGUACAAUGCAUAA